GAAGUGUUCUUCGCCUCAUGGCUCGCACCACAGCUCUAUUUCAUCAAAGCAAUGGCGGAUAAAGGAAAUGUGUGCCUUUUCUGCUGCAAGCCUGGUAAAGGAAAUGACGUGAACAAGCUGCAAAUGUGCUCCAGGUGCGCUACGCGUUAUGGCGAUCUAUGUCGCGCAUACGAAAAUCGCGUUGCGUCGCGGAUAACUGCAGCUGGAUGGAAGGUCGACUUGACUAGUCACGCGCCACAGGAAAGUGAGUUUCCGGUGUCGAACGAGCCGCUGUUUUACAUUCGUUGUAAGAAAGGGUGCGUUACGGUAACGACGGCAAUCGAUAAGAUGGCUUUUUUUGCGGCAGCAAGUCGGUUGCAGUCAGAUAUGCAAACACCGAAACGCCACACAACUCGCACGAAAAAGAGCAUUAAGAGAGGGAAACACAAUAAUUGA